GGUUCAAAAAUAACUGCGACAUCUGCUGUCCGUGUUCAGGUCAGUUUGUGAAAAUUGUCCAAUCCGGUUUGAACAAGCGGUGACUGUCGACGAAUAGAAAGCCUCAGCUCGGUGGUGGACUGCUGGUACAUCCAAUGGCCUGAGUGGUAGUAGUCUGUCCGUGGUGCGGUGGUGGACACACACUGCACGGGACAGGACAGCGCUACAUGGGGGACGCAGGCGACAGCGGCUGGUACCACCGCUACACCCCGGAGAGACCAAUCCUCAACCGAGAGACCAAUCCUCAACCGAGAGACCAAUCCUCAACCGAGAGACAUCUCUAGAGCUUUACGACGCUCCGCUAUUGGGAACUGAAUUGAUGAAAUAACCAAGCCGAGCAUGAACACAUCGCAUUUGAGUGUCUCCUUCUCUGAGCAUGGACUGACCCAAUCCCUCUCUGGAUGAUUUGAUGGGGCUGCUCAGAGUCAUGAUGCCGCCCAAGAUGCAGCUUCUGGCGCUGCUGGCGUUCGCAGUGGCCAUGUUCUUCCUGGAGAACCAGAUCCAGAAGCUGGAGGAGUCCCGGGGGAAGCUCGAACGAGCCAUUGCUAGACACGAAGUGCGAGAGAUUGAGCAGCGGCACACGCAGGACGGCCUGCGAGAGAGGGACUCGGUGGCCUCGUCGCCGUCCGAGGGCGAAGACGACAUCGUCAUCAUCUACAACCGCGUGCCCAAGACGGCCAGCACCUCCUUCACCAACAUCGCCUACGACCUGUGCGGGAAGAACCACUACCACGUCCUGCACAUCAACACCACCAAGAACAACCCGGUCAUGUCCAUACAGGACCAGGUGCGGUUUGUAAAGAAUGUGACAGAGUGGAGGGAAAUGAAGCCGGCGUUCUACCACGGACACGUCUCCUUCCUGGACUUCACCAAGUUUGGGGUGAAGAGGAAGCCCAUCUACAUAAACGUGAUCCGGGACCCCAUUGAAAGGCUGGUGUCCUAUUAUUACUUUCUGCGUUUCGGGGAUGACUACCGGCCCGGCUUGAGGCGCAGGAAACAAGGAGACAAGAAGACGUUUGAUGAAUGUGUAUCAGCCGGCGGCUCAGACUGUGCCCCUGAGAAGCUCUGGCUCCAGAUUCCCUUUUUCUGUGGUCACUACUCUGAAUGCUGGAACGUGGGCAGCCAGUGGGCUCUGGAGCAGGCGAAAUACAACCUGGUGAAUGAAUACAUGCUGGUGGGAGUGACAGAAGAGCUGGAGGACUUUGUCAUGAUGCUGGAGGCCGCGCUGCCGCGCUUCUUCAAAGGGGCCACGGAGCUGUACAAAACAGGGAAGAAAUCCCACCUGAGGAAGACCAGCGAGAAGAAGCCGCCCACAAAGGAGUCGAUCGCCAAGCUGCAGCAGUCGGCCAUCUGGAAGAUGGAGAACGAGUUCUACGAAUUUGCGCUGGAGCAGUUCCAGUUUGUGCGGGCACACGCUGUCAGAGAAAAGGACGGGGAGCUCUACCUGCUGGCACAAAACUUCUUCUAUGAGAAAAUCUACCCCAAAAACUAAACGGGCACAAGUCUGUAGAAGAAGGACACGUGCUACAGGCUCCGACGUGCAGCCUGAGAUGAGAAAGAGAAGGAGACUAACUGCAGGUGACUGUGUGGCUGCUUCGUACGAGUGAAUGAGAACAUUUCGUGCAGCGGCAGAACAAUCUGUUGACAGCUCUGUCAGACUGUGCCAGCCAACUGGACGAGGAGCUCGUGUUUCAUCAGCAGGUUAUGUUCCCAGCAGCCUCCACUCCCCCUCACUUCCAUGUCAAAGGUCAUCUGAAGUGUCCGGAGACGGUCUGUCCAACAACUGGUCGGUCCUCGUCUCCUGAUUGGCCUCGCUGUUCUCCGACCCAGACGAAACAUUUUCAUCGGCUCUGUACUGUUUGGUUGUGUUUGGUUGUAUUUUAACUCUUUGCUAUGGUUGUCUUUUGUAUGUAAAGACGGUGACACGACAUCCCCAUGCCUCACCACUACUCCUAACUUAAAGAGAUUUUAAGUGUAAGAAACUACUGUGCUGUAUUAUUGGACUUGAAUGAGAACUUUUGAGGUUUUUAUGAAAUAAAACUCCUGUGACCAUGGACUAUUUACUGGGACAAGUACGUUUUAUACUGUGUACUGUAAAUAUGCAGCUUUGCCCAGAGGCCUUUCCUCCGUAAUGAAGGAACACAUGUUAUUGAAGUGUGUGAGAACACUUAGGUGAAGAUGCUUCUGCUGUAAAUAUUUACUACUGCUUCAUACACGGACAGAUUUGCUUCUGUAUGAAAUGAAUACUGUUGAAUCUCUUUGAAAGCAACAGUUUAGUUUAAUCAGUUUGUACAUUUCUUUCAACUAUUUCAUUAGUCUGUAUUUCGUUUUCUUCGCACUGUAGAACAUGGGUGUCCACUAGUGUUGUAACUGCCGAUUAUUUUCAUUAUUGAUUAAUCUGCAGAUGAAUCGUUUGGUCUAUAAAGUGUCAGAAAAUAGUAAAACAUUUCCAUUCCAUUUUUUCAAAGUCAAAGGUGAUGUAUUUAAAUAUCUAUUCUCUUAAAUAUGAUACAAAACAAAGAAAAGGUGGAAAUGUGUAUAUCUGAGAGGCUGAAAACUGCAUUUUCUGACAUUUAUGCCUCAAGAAUUCCUUCUGCGAAUAGUCGAUUAUGAAAAAGAUGGAUUAUUUUUCUGUCAAUCGACUAAUAGUUGCAGCUCUAGUGUCCACCGCCGUGUUAGUCUGACUAACUAUAGCGACAUUUUGGGAAAUGCAUUUUUAUGAGAUAAUAUUAGUGAGCCUGCCGUCUUUAUGCUAAGCUCACAAUCUUCUCAUCGAACUCAAACUAUUCCUUUGAAACUCUCUGCAGUUGGUGGAGAGGUUGGUAAUAACUUUGGUCAUUUUGCUUGUGUAACUGAUGUAUCUUGUUUUCUUGGCGGUUGGGUUUAUUGAGGUUAUAAUGGCCUUUUAUUGGCCAAUCAAAGUUCUUGUCUAUACUUCAUAAAUUGAUAACUAAAAGUUUAAAGUGACAUAAUGUUGGCCACUCAACUAGUUCACCUGGGAGAGCUGAACAGGUGGUUUUUACUGGAUGUAAUGCCAUAUAAUUUUUCCUUUUUAUUAAAUAUACAGAUGAAUAGUACUAAUUAUUCAUCUGAGGACAGACUAGUUUGCAGCUCAGUUUGUGUUCCUCUACACGCAGCUCUCCCUGAGUUGCAGCUUUGUCACAUGGAACAUAAGAACAACAUGGCUGUUUUCAUCUUCUGAUUGACAAACAAAAUACAAAGAAACUUUUUUUUUUGAACUGG